UUAUGAGCCCAUGACUCUGGCCUUUGUAUAGCCCACGAGCGAAUAAAGGGUUUGGGUCGCCGACUCGCCGCCGCCGCCGCCACGUCCACUUCAGUUGCAGUCACCGGCGGCGAUGGCGGACUCCGGCAGCGCGAGCGAGCGGCGAGAGGAAGGGAAGAAGGGAAGGGAGGAGGAGGAAGAAGACGACGUCGUCUGUCUGGACCCGUCGUUCUUCGUCGACCGCAGCUACGAGACGACUACGUUCACCUUCGGCUCGCAAGUGCUCCACCUCCUCUGCCUCCGCGCUGCUUCCACUGAUUAUGAUCUUACUGGACAGUUAGUAUGGCCAGGUGCAGUUCUGAUGAACACCUACUUGUCUGAACAUCCUGAGACUGUGAAGGAUCAUUCAAUAAUUGAGCUAGGAUCUGGGGUUGGCAUUACUGGCAUAUUGUGCAGCCGUUUUUGCAAAGAAGUUGUCUUGACUGAUCACAAUGAUGAAGUUCUAGAGAUUAUAAAGAAGAAUAUAGAGAUGCAGUCAUGUUCUGGGAAUGCCAAUGCAGUGUUGACAGCAGAGAAGCUAGAGUGGGGAAACUAUGUUCAUAUAAGCAAUAUCAUUGAGAAACAUCCUUCUGGAUUUGAUCUCAUCCUUGGAGCUGAUAUUUGCUUUCAGCAAUCUAGCAUUUCCUGUCUCUUUGAUACUGUAGAGAGGCUUCUUCGUAUUCAGGCUAGUAAAUGUAGAUUCAUAUUGGCUUAUGUAUCACGAGCUAAAGUCAUGGAUGUUCUAGUGCUCAAGGAAGCUGAAAAACAUGGAAUGCAUGUCAAAGAGGUGGAUGGGACAAGAACAACCAUCUCAAAUCUUGAAGGAGUCAUAUAUGACAUUACCCUCAAAUAAUGCUGCUCUUCGCGCAUGUUGAUGAAGUGCUUAGGUGAUCAGUAGUCAUGAAAAGUACAUGCAACUUCCUCUGAAUGACUACAUCCUUUCGGAGGAGGAAAGAAUACCACACUGCCACAGUAAACAGCAUUAUUGAUGAAGGGCUUCAAUUCAUACGCUGUCAUGCUGAUUUGAUGUAGGUUUUUUGGAGAGGGAUUCGAUGUGGUUUUUGAAUGCUUUGAUUAUCAUGGAUAGUAGUUUUGUCACAGCUCUCUCUGAAUACUAUCUUGUCAAGGAGAUGACCAAAACCCUGAAGUUCUUGUGAGGAAGAAGUUGCUGAAAGCAGUGGCAUAACGUAAGCUUGAGGUUGCUGGUUCUGAGCUCUGUAAAGUUCCUGAAUUACCAUGAGCUAGCCUGUAAAACGUCAAUUCCAACUGAAGCUUCAGCACCAUUCACUUAUCCUGCAAUGCAUGGGAUAUAUGGAUCCAAUCCUGGGUUGUUCUUUAGCCUGUUCUUGGUUUCGCCAUCUUUUAUGUUUUGCCGCGACAAUUUGUCAAGGCCUCUGCCUAAUCCAACUUUGUCAUGGAGGCAAAUGCCACACUCUUACCGGCUUUUCUUGGAGGCAGCCCAAGUCUGGAUCUCCAUCCAGCCAAAUGACAUGAACUGUACUGGAUCUUGUUGUGUUCCCCUGUUGCAGCACAGUGCCUGUUAGCACUGAUGCA